AUGUGGGGCUUCGAUGACUGUUGCAGUCGCUGUAAAAGUAAUGACGGCAUCGUUUUCGAUCACGUGGCGAAGAAGAUAAGUUGCUCCGAUUGUGGUCUUGAUCUUGGACCUUUUGGUCUUUCCAUCGCCACCACUGAUCACUCUGAGCUUCCUCCUAAGGAUACUUCUUCCGAUGAUUUCUUGACCUCUGAUCCUGGAACCUCGCACAACCCUAGCUCCCACCCUGUCUCCGUAGCCGCCACCACCACCGAGCCAAACAACAACGCUUCUUCUGAUGAUGACCUUGGCUUCGAUCCCCUUGCCGUGGUCACCACGCAAUCGAGUAAUGCUUCGUCCGAUGAAGACUAUCGACUCAUCCAUUUGUUUUACAGGUUGAAUCUUCUUGCGACAGUUAAAAAUCAGGCUACUGAGAUCUCUGAACAAAUAAAGGGACAAAUAACGAAACAAAACGUUCGUUUUGCUGCUUCUAUCUACAUAGCCUGUAGACAAAAUGGCAUGGCGUUGAGUAUCAGAGAGAUAUCUACAGUUGCCAAUGGAGCAGAAGAGUCCAAGUUUACCAGUGCAGUCAAAUCCGUAGCUGACAAACUUGGCCUCACGCCUCAGUUGAUGCACAUCCGAGCUGUUGAGUUUGCAAAGCGAUAUUCUACCGACCUUGAAAUGGAUAGCCAAGCCGUUAAAGCUGCUGAAGCGCGGAGAAGUGUACUAAACAUGUUAACAGAUAUAACAGAAGCCACUGAACUUCACGAAAAUACGAUAAAGGAAACAUACAAGGACUUGUACCCACAUCUGUCAAAGAUUAUACCCAAGGGGUUUGCCAACGCUUGGGACCUGAAAAAGCUUCACAGUCCCUAG